AUGGCAGACAAUCGUCCAAAAGCGAUUCUGUGUCGACAGGGAGAUUGUGAAUUGGGGCGCGAGAGCGAAAGAGCGGACAGGCAAAGGCCAAAGGAGGAGUGUGUAGAAAGGAACGUGGGCAAAGGCCGAAAGGAGUGGCGGCACUUCGCAGAAGUCGACGAGAAAAGGGAACGUAGUAGCAACCACACCGACAACGAGGUGACGAUGGGGAAUCCGGAUGUAGGAGCUGGGCCUUUGGUGUAA